AUGUCGCUAAAUCAACUAAGUCCUAUUGCUCAAGCGGAACUUGAAACUGGAACUACCACUCGCCCACCAAAGUUGAAAGGGGCGGUAGACUUUAGUACUUGUAAAACACGCAUUCAAUCGUUCUUCGAGUACACGGACUACAAUCUGUGGCUCUCUGUUACCGCUGGACCUCACAUUCCAACGGUAGUUCGAGGAGAUGCAGUAGUUGCUAACAAUGACGCUACUACCUUCACUGAUGAAGACAAGGCUCUCAUUCAACGAAAUGAAGAACUAAUCGAAAGCAAGAGAGAUAUGGUGCAGAAACAAUACAACAUGUUUUGCGGAGUUUGUGGAGAAAGUCUUUCUGAUCACAUCAGUCGCUUCUUGAACAUGAUGACCAAAAUGAAGAAGGCAGGAAAUCCUGUUACAAAUCGUGCUGCAAUAAAGAAACUGCUUGAUUCACUCCCCAAGGAAUGGAGCCUACAAUGCAUGAUGAUCAAGAAGGAUUUCCUCAACAAUCCUAAUCCUGUCACUCUGUCAGAUCUGAUCAACACCCUAAGAGCCUUUGAAAUGGAUGUUAACAAAAGAGAGAUGAACACUGCUGGAUAUCAACCUAAGUCAACUCAACCUUCAGCUGGAUUGAAGAAUGUGGCAUUUCUCGCUUCAUGGGGCGUCACUCCACAAGCUUCUGACUUAAUUUACGCGAACGCUUCCGCAAGUGCAUCUAAAGCCCCACAACUUGUUGAAAAGACCAUCACUGUGGACACUCAAGCGUUGAAAGCAUCCACUGAAAAUGUGGCACUCUUCAACACAUUUCUGAGCAGCUACGAAGCCCUAAUGUCGGGGGAACUGAAAAAGGAGAUGUUCACUGCUGAAGAUAUGUAUCAGAAUCUAGGACACUUCAAGCGUGAUUGUCCUCUGUUAAAAGAAGGAAACAGUGAAACUGCUCCUGCUGUUAAGCAAAUCACAGUUGAAGAGAACAAAAACAAUGCGUCUCCCAGCACGCCAAAAGCUUUAGUCGUUGAAGACUAUGAUUGGAGUGAGGAAAUCACUGAAGCAAAGGAGCAAGUUAACAAAGCCCUGAUGGCCAAGAUCUCAGGUGAAUCAUCUGCAAGGCAGUUUGAGAAGCAGACAGCUGGAAUUCCGACUGGAGACAAUGCUACUGACAAGGGAUUGAAAAGCAUUCUUACUUCAGUGGAGACUUGUAAUCAAGCAGAAAAGCAUGUUGCUAAAGAAACAUCUGAGAAAGGUAAGGAUAAGGUCCAAGCAGCAGCCAUGAAAGCAGAUUCAUCAAAAGAAAAGGCUGACAAGGACUUGGUAAAUAUUGCUUGUGAAUCUCCUGUAUUUGUGCCAGAAUUAAAAAGGAAUAGCUUUGGAAAAUUCCUUACAAAGGAAAUUCCUGAAUUUAUUCCUUCCAGAACAGGUAUGACAGAAUCAGUAAGGAGCGUCACUGAAGACCAAGAUAAUGAAAAUUCAAGCGUCACUAUCACAGAAGACGAGCAAAUAUCAGAAAGUUCAAGUGAAGAUCAAGCAACUAGUGAUGAAAGCUUCGAGUGUUCAAGUUAUGAAGCUAUUGAAGACCAAGACUCUAAAGGCACAAACAAAGAUCGAAGCUACAAUGAGUCAAAUUACGAAGCAAGUGAAGAACAAAGCUCGAGCGAGGACAACACGUCUGAAAACUCAUUCGAUUCAGACAACGAUGAAGAACUUUCAGAAGAUGAAAGCAGAAAUAAACUCCAGAAAUGGCUUCGAAUCCUCAUGGAAUACAUCUGGCACGUCGACAGCGGAUGUUCAAGACACAUGACUGGAUUGAAGGAACUGCUGAAAAACUUUCGCUUUAUUGAUGGUGAUUUCGUAUCUUUUGCUGGCGACGAAAAGGGAGGAAAGAUUGUUGGAGUAGGAGAUGUGGUGUCCGAAGCCCUCACGUUAGAGAAUGUCAACUAUGUUCCUGAGCUGUGCUAUAAUCUCAUGAGUGUCUCUCAAGUCUGCGAUAAAGGAAUCUCAGUGCUCUUCAAUGAUAUGGAAUGCUUGUUCCUGAAGCCCGGUUAUGUUGUUCCUGCAGAAAUGAUCAUGCUCACUGCUCCAAGACAGAACAACACAUACGUGCUCAACAUGAAAAAUGCCAAGACAAAUGACAACUUGACAUGCUUAAUCUCCAAAGCUUCAGAAUCGGAGUCACUGCUUUGGCAUAGACGACUGGGCCAUGGAAAGCAGCAUAAGAAACCACACAAGUCCAAAGCAGUGAACACGAUUUCUGCACCACUUCAAUUGUUGCACAUGGAUCUUUUCGGUCCUAUCAGUGUUAAAAGUCUUGCUAAAAGCUCUUAUUGUUUGGUUGUAACAGAUGAUUACUCUCGGUUUUCGUGGGUAUAUUUUCUUGAAGCAAAGAGCGAGACAGCUGAAGUGUUAAAAUCAUUCAUUCCCCUGAUUGAGAACGUGACCAAGCUGAAAGUGAAGUCUAUCAGAAGCGACAACGGGUCCGAGUUCAAAAUCAGACCUUCAUAUCAUUCUGUGCAGAAAAAGGAAUUCAUCUUCAAUAUAGUGCAGCCAGAACUCCUCAACAAAAUGGAGUUGCUGAACGCAAGAAUAGAACGCUGA